UAUCUCAGGCUGUUGGGUCCUAUAACGUCAAAAAGGCGACGAUUGUUAGCUUUGGGCUCAAAUGCACGCUUUGGGUUUAUUGACAGGAGGCGAUAGCUCAAUAAUUUUAAUUUGAGAGUCCCCACACUCAAGCUCUGCAGCAUUUUGAGUGAUUCACGUGGAUACAAUAAACCAGUUAGGAGGGUUUAGUUAUAUGAAUGAUAUAACAUGUGGAGCUCCGGCCGCCGCGUCCUUCAGGAUCUGCUCAGCCAGCCUGCUGUCAGGAGCUUCUCCAUGACUCCUGUUCAGAACACAGUUGUGGUGGAGCGCUGGUGGCAGGUGCCUCUGUCUAAAGUCGGCAGCCCACCGAGGCUUAAUCCUCGAAGACACAGAGUCUACAAGCUGGUUGAAGAUACCAAAAACCUUCCAAAGGAGAAGAUGGAGCUCAUCCUGACUCAGACGGUACCCAAGCUUGGUGGGCGAGGAGACACAGUGUUUGUAAAAAAGUCUGUGGGGAGAAACAAACUGCUGCCCCAGGGACUUGCAGUGUAUCCAUCACCAGACAACAAACAGAUGUUUGCUGAGGAAUUAAGACUUCUUCGCGAGGGAAAGCCAGAGGAAAGAGUUCAAACCCGUACUGGACUAAUGACCUUGGAGUUCUUGAAACGCUCCCAUUUGAAGAUAAACAAAAUGCCCUCAGAUGGAUUUCAGGUCAACAAAGAGGUCGUCUGCAGACAGCUUCUUAAGAAGCUUGGAGUUGUUGUUCCACUUCACGCAUUGAGUGUACCAUUUGAGUCAGUCAAGGAAGUAGGGGACUAUUGGUGUGAAGUAAAGGUUAAUGGAAUAGACUCAGUUCGCAUCCCUGUGUCAGUGGUUCCAUACGAAGACCCAUCUGCAAGUAACCAACGUCAGCUGAAAGCACAAAAGCUGCAGCAGGAAGCAACAAACGUCUCAGAACCUGCUGAUGAGGAGGAAGCUACGGCCAAUGCUGUUUCUGAUGCUGCAGUGGAAACUAGCGCUAAAGCUAAUGAGGACUCUGUGAAUGAAGUCAGUGAAGCUUCAGCUUCAGCAGAAGCCUCUGCUGCUACAGAAACAGAAGCAAGUACACCAACGAGUGAAGACACAACAGCACCACCAAGUAACAGUCCAAAAAAAGAUUAAAAGAUGCCAAGUGCAGAUAUCUGUAGAAGUUCAUAUUGUUUACUGUCAAACACCAUAAAUGCAUAAAACUGUU